AUGGAAAAGAAGCGCAUAGCUAUUGUUGGAAGUGGUGUAUCUGGCCUCAGCGCACUAUGGACUCUGCGCAACUCACACCACGAUAUUCAUCUCUUCGAGGCAGCAGAUCGCUUGGGAGGACAUACAAACACAGCAGUAUGGACUCACAAGGGCAAGAGCACGCCUGUGGAUACUGGCUUCAUCGUUCUGAAUACUGCUACCUACCCUAACUUUAUCGAGUUUCUGAAAGCUCUCGAUGUCAAGACAAUUGCUUCCCAGAUGACAUUCGGUAUAUCGCGUGAUGCUGGCGCAUUCGAAUGGUCUGGCACGUCUGGCAGCGCUCUCUUCGCCCAAUCCGAGAAUGCGUUCAAGCCCUCCUUCUGGCGCAUGAUCUUUGACAUAGUUCGGUUCAAUCAGUUCGCCUUGGAUCUGUUGUCUGUGGCUCCAGGCUCUCCGUCAACUUCGAUCACGGCGGAGACAAGUAUUGGAGAGUACCUGAAACAAGAAGGGUACUCCGAGGCUUUUCGAGACGACUACUUGAUACCCAUGACAGCGUGCGUUUGGAGCACAGGUGCCGAUAAAAAAAAUGGACGCGUACAACUCGAGCUGGACGGCGAAGGAGCUGGAAAACCCGAAAUCUUCGACGAAGUGGUCCUCGCCUGCCACGGAGACCAAGCUCGCGAGAUCUUGAGGUCAUCCGCCACGUUGGACGAGGAGAACAUUCUCGCAGCCUUCGAGACCUCACCAAACACAGCUUAUCUUCAUUCAGAUCUUUCACUGAUGCCUGAACGUCGCGCUGCCUGGUCUGCCUGGAAUUAUCUCACGACUUCGAAAUCUUCAGCUCAGUCGCAGAAGCCUUCAGCCUCGGAACCAUCAGGUGCUCUGCAAACCGUUUCGUUGACCUACAAUAUGAACAUUCUUCAAGACAUACCUGUAUCCGAAUUCUCCGAUGUUCUCGUCACUCUAAAUCCAGAGGUACCGCCAUCUCCGUCUACUACACAAGCAGUUUUCGAAUACCGACACCCUCUGUACAACGCGCGUAUGAUCGCUGCUCAGAACCAACUCGAGAGAAUUCAAGGCAAGAGAGGUGUUUGGUAUGCAGGUGCAUGGACUGGCUACGGCUUUCACGAGGACGGUUUCAGCAGUGGAAUGAAUGUUGGACUUAGGUUAGGCGGUAAUGUGCCAUGGGCCGUGAAAGACGCAAAGUUCAGCAGAGGCGUAAGUCCAGUGCUUGGAUGGAAAGAUCACCUAGCCCGAACGAUCAUCGCAAUGCUCCAGAUCUUGGUUAGCCUCUUCGAAAGAUUGUUUGCUGCGAGCGAGAAAUCUAGAGGAACGACGGCACACAAGGGGAAUGGGCUGAGCAAUGGGGUCGAAGCGCUGAAGAAGAAAGCAUAG